UCAACUUUAGCUUCUCCCAGCAUGCUUAGCGCGUUGGGUCAAAGGUGAGCCGGACAUUUCAUCACCACGUGGAAACUUCGGAGAAAAAUCUUUCGUUUUUCUUUACGUUUUACUGCAAUAUUGCCGGUCAAAAUGCCGGCACAAGUUGUUAAAAAGACGACCAAGAAAACAGUUCACAUGGAGGUGUCAGAAGAGUCGGUUUGUGAGGAGAAAAUCGACGGAACGCCAGAGAAGGCGAAGAAAGACAAGAAAAGUAAGAAGAGAAAAUUAGAGACAGAGGCACCCAAAGCUGUGAAAAGUGAACCAGAAGAACCAGAGAAGAAGAAGAAAAAGAAGACCAAAGCCGAGGACAACACGCCCAAGAAACAGAAGAAGAACAAAGAAAAGAAGAUUAAGAUAAAAGAAGAAAAUGACGAUGCAGAGAAUGGUACUUCUGUUUCGGAUGGGGAGUGUGCAGAUGAAAAUGGUGCCAAUGAAAACGGGGCCAUCACAAGAGAGGAGGGAGACUUUGAGAACUUCCGUAUCACAGCACAGACAGUUGCAAAACUGAAAGCCCGUAAUGUGGUGAAGCUGUUCCCAGUUCAGUACAAGACCUUUGACUUUGUGUACGACGGCUGGGAUGUCAUCACUCAGGCAAGAACUGGGACUGGGAAGACGCUGGCCUUCAGCAUCCCACUGGUGGAGCGGCUACAGAAGGAAGGAGUGUCCACCAAGCGGGGCAGGGCACCAUCGGUCAUCGUGCUCGCUCCCACCAGGGAACUGGCCAUUCAGGUUUAUGAAGACUUCAAGAGUAUCAGCACCAAACUGACCUCAUUCUGUGUGUAUGGAGGGACACCCUAUCCUCCACAGAAUGAUGCCAUCAACAGGGGUCUGGACAUCCUGGUGGGCACGCCUGGACGUAUCCAGGACCAUGUCAGGAGCGGGCGGCUGAACCUGUCGGAGCUGCGCCAUGUCGUGUUGGACGAGGUUGACCGCAUGUUGGAGAUGGGCAUGGUGGAACAAGUGGACGAAAUUUUGGAAGCCGCGUACAAGAAAGAGGACAAGUCACAGAACCCACAGACGCUGUUUUUCUCGGCCACGCUGCCAAACUGGGUGCACGAGGCCGCCACCAAGUACAUGAAGGCAGAGCCCAAGCAUGUGGAUAUGAUUGGCACUGAGCAGAACAGAAGCGCCACCACAGUCGAGCAUCUUGCUAUCCGGUGCGGCUGGCAGGCUCGUGCCCCUGUGAUAGCGGACAUUGUCACGAUGUACAGCGGUCAGCACGGCAGGGCCAUGGUGUUCUGUGAGACCAAGAAGGAAGCCAACCAAUUGGUCCUAGAGGGGGCCCUGAAACAGGAGGCCCAGGUCCUACAUGGGGACAUCCCUCAGGCACAGAGGGAGCUCACACUCAAGAGUUUCCGAGAUGGAAACAUCCAGGUUCUGGUAGCUACAGAUGUGGCAGCGCGGGGACUGGACAUUCCUGAAGUGGACCUGGUGGUACAGUGUGAACCGCCCUCGGACGUGGACUCGUACAUCCACAGGUCUGGUCGUACCGGCCGCGCUGGACGGACCGGCGUCUGUGUCUGUUUCUACAAACCCAACAGGGAACAGGACCUGCGCUACGUGGAGAGACGGGCCGGGAUCAAGUUCCGACAGAUCAACGCUCCGCAGCCGGACGACAUCGUCAAGGCAGCAGCCAAUGACUCUGCAAGGGCCAUUGAGGAGGUCCCAGACAAGAUGCUGACUCAUUUCCAGGAGGCUGCGGAGAAGCUGAUAGCGGAGAAGGGAGCAGUAAACGCGGUGGCCGCAGCGCUGGCCGUCAUGUCAGGCUCCACUGAGAUCAAGAAACGGUCGCUGCUGAAUGCAGAUGAGGGGUACACAACGCUGCUGUUCCACACAGACCGUCCCGUCCGCGGGAAGGGCUACUUCUGGACAGCAAUAAAACGGAGGUUCGGCGAAGAUAUCGACCAGAAUGUCAAGGGAAUGACCAUGUUUACUAAUAACAAGGGUGUUGCUUUUGAUGUGCCUUCCUCCAUGGAAGACCAGUUUUUGGACACGUUCCAAGGUUCUUACGAUUCCAGGUUAGAAGUGGCCACAGAGCUGCCUGACUUGGAGCAGAGGACAGACAGAGGAGGCAGAGGGGGAAGGGGCUUUGGCAGGGGGGGCUUUGGCAGGGGGGGAGACAGAAGAGGGGGCAGGGGGAGAGGGGGUGGGGGAAGGUUUAACGGAGGGGGUAGGGGCAGAGGUGGAGGAUUUGGAGCAAACAGGGGUAGCAGUAGCCACACAAAGUGGUGAUGUCAUCAUUAACUGUGCACACAGUUGGAUGACCAAAAGAGUUGGGAACUUUUCACAUGUGAGUGUGAAUGUAAGGCCACAAAAAUAUCUUGUUUGACAGACCUUAAAACAAGAUACAUGUACAUGGAAAUAAGAGACCUCUGGAGCAAACCUGCACACAUGUUGUCCAUGAAUCACAUACGACUUAUGUAGCAGUGAGAGAGAAGUAUCUGUAUAGCCAGUAUAACGGCCCUUUGGCGUAACACACCAGUUUCGCAGCAGCAACUGGCUACCUGUGUAAUAAUAUACCUGACAAACAUCCAAGUAAAUAAUGAACAUAAACAGUUUUGUCACAAAUGUUUUUUAAGGCCACACCUUGCAGUUCUUGGACUACAAGUUGAGGCCUUGGUGCACACAGUUUCAGGGAGUGAGUAUGGUCAGACUCAGCUUUUCCUAACAGACCUGUCUUCAUGGUCUUGUGCAGAAUUUUUGAAUGUCCAAGAGCAAAGGGAAAAAAUUGGCAUUCCCUUAUUUAAGAUAGAGUCAGAGUAAUCUAGGCAUUGAGGAUGUUACUUCACAUGAGAUAUGGAAGAAGUGUGUCUUUUAGUGUACCAGAUUCUCAGGUAUUACAGCUAUAUGUUUAGAUAGGGUCACAUGUAUCUAUUUGAGAAACUAAGUGUUAGUUAAAUAAAUUUAAAACUGUAGAAAGUUCACAUGUCAUUUGUAGAAGGAUUUUUGUCCAGUUGGACUUUGCUUGAACACUAGGUACUCCGAGAAGGUCUACCUGGCUGAAGAGAAAAUAUUUGACUAACGUUCACAUAUUGAGUGUUCUUGCUUGUCUAAAAGAUAUACACUUUGUCCAUGAAUUGAGCCACAGGGAAAAUGUAAUGUUAUAACUUUAUUUUGUGCUUUCAAAAAUAACAGUGACAUGAACAAGUCCUGAGUAUAUGACAAACAUAAAGCUCCACCAAAUAGAACAGAUACAGGAUUCAAGUUGAUAUUUCAUUGUCUUGGUACUGUGCGUACUCAAAAUGUUUUGUUUUAAUGUAAUAUUACAUGAAAUAUAGUGAGCACAUAUUGUGGAAAUCUUUAAGAUAUUGAAAAUGUACAAUAGCCAACCUCCUUCCAUGUUAUAAAUGGACUUUGUCCAAUUCUCUCACAAAUCAAUCUAUUUACAAAGAACAUGCAAUAGUGUUUGUUGUAAAGGGUGUCAGUUGUAUAUACAUGUAGUUUAAAUCUGAAAUCUUAUAUGCAUACAGAAAAGUGUGAAUUCCAAAUUUAGCAAAGUAUCCUUUUUUCUGGGAGUGCAUGUUGCUGUUUGUACUCAAUCGAAAAUUCAUCACCAACAAUCAACAUUCUAAAUCUUGCAACAAUCAGAAAUUUUACAUUCAAGCUUGGUCAACAUUUUAAUAAUGCUUUAGCUUAAAAUUUGAGAGCUACUAGAAAAACUUCUGGCAGUGGUGUAUACAAAUGUAUCAUGUGGACCAAUUCCAGUUACUAGUACUUAAAAAGCUCACAAUCCUGUCUAUGUACAUGCUACACCGUAGUUUAGAACAUUUUCUACACAGUGAUAUAAGGCACUGUUUAGCUGAAUAUGGUACAGUCAGUUCUGCUGAUCAACAAAAGCAAUGUAUGUACAAAAGCCAUUAAAAAUCCAACAACAUGAUACAAUUUGAGAUAAAUUGUACUUGCAUAUAUUGUCAACACCACUCAAAGCUUCACCAUGUGAUUGAACCAAGCAGGACUUUUUAAACUACAGUAUAUGUAGUUAAAAA